GGAGUGGAAGGACUCGCGUGUCCUGCACAGAUUCAGGGGGACCUCAACCCCACUGAACACCAUUGGGAUGAACUGGAACACUAACUGCACCCCAGACCUCCUCACCUAACCUGAUCCCACUAAUAUUGUUGUGGAUGAGUUUUUGUUCAAAGCCUUCCCAGAAGAGUGGAACGGGUUGUCCAGAAAGCAUAUAUGGCUGUGAUAGUCAGGUGUCCACAUACUUUUGGUCAUAUAGUGUAUUUCUGACUUCAGACAGCUGAGCUCACAUGAACGCUCUAAUUUGGGAAGUAGUUGUUGUGAACUGUUGUAUCUUAAGGUAAAAAAGGUAAAACUGGUGUAUGUAAGUCAACUAAUGAGUAGGUCUGUAAUCUCAUUUUGACCUUCAUGACCCAGGCUAGUGGUGAUUUUGUUUUGUUUUGUUUUGUUUUGUUUUUUUUCCUCAGAACUGCGACCCAAUUUUCACAGACAGUACAUGAAUGAUGUACACUGAAUGAUGUUUAUGAUGUUUAUCAUCCAAGAAACCAAAUUCAGAUGAUGGAAAUGCUAACACACGAGCAGCACGAGUGAGUGUCCUUGUUUUAGUGUGUAGCCGACCAUGAUGUGGGUUUAAAUUGCAGGUUAGACGAAAUAUUAACACGAAAAUAUCUUCCUCUAAAGUCACAGAGAGUCUAUUUAAAGCACGGGUCAGAUGUCUUCCUGGUAUACACACACUAGACUAGCGUAAAGACUUGAGCAGAACAACAUGGGCGUGUUAGCAUAUUAAAACUGCUGAUAGGGAAAGGAAACCGAAAGCAAAGAAAAAUCUUCUCCUCAACACUGGUCUAUGUUUACUGCCUUUCACAAUUUCGUUUCUGUUCUGUGUAUUUCAGUGUUUACAGCGAGACAGACUGGCUUCUCCAUGUCCAAAUUCUCCAGUUCACAUACCAGCAACACCAAGCUGCCACUGCUGGGCCCUUGAGCAAGGCCCUUAACCCUCAAUUGCUCAGUUGUAUAAAAAAAAGAGAUAAUCUGUCAAGCCUUGGUGAGACAGAAUUGGACACAUUUCAGGAAGACGACUAUACAGCAGUUCCUUAACAAAUGAAUGCUUCAGGAAAACAUUACGAGUGGCAGCUGUAUAAUGGGCAGCAAUGGUCCCCGAUAGCAAACGAUCAUAUAAUCGAGUGUAACUACUGCCAGCCAGGAGCAAGAGGGAUCACCAUUGAUACACUGAUCACCGUUAAUACUCACAUGGGGUCUCUUUACAUCGACUUUGAUGCCAUGACAUUAAGGGGCCCUUCUGCUGACCUCGCUGUACGGCGACUAUCGUCACUGUCUUACAACCAGAUAGAAGAUGUGGGCUGGUAUUACAAAGACAACAGUUACUGGUGUGAAUAUGGGGUACAGGGAUCGAGUUACGGCACGUCGGCGAUAAGCAGUCGGGACUUAGAGCAGCAGUAUAACUCCAACCCUACAGGUUCCUUCCAGUUUAAAGCAGGAAAAUAUUCCUACGUUGUGAACUUCUCUGACAUGAUGCAAAUGAACCUGUCCACUCAUAAACAGAGGAAAGUGAGGAGGAGGCCAAAGUUUACCUCUGUAAAUAACAGUCUGAACACUUUUGAACCGUCUACAUCCACCAUGAUUCCAUUUCCAUCAGCUACACCUUCUGUGAAUCCAUCCACUGCGGUUACCUGGCAGUUUAUGGGUGAUGAAGGCAUCUGGACAGAGUAUCAGAAACCACAUUCCUCUCUGAACAGUAUGGAUAUAGAGAGACAGUAUCAGAGUAAUCCUCAGAGCCAGCUUGUUUUCAACGCUGGGUACUACAGUUACACUCUCUUUUUUAAUGGAAGGUACCAGAUCAACAACACUUUUAAGACAAAAAGAGCUAUCCGGAGAAUCUCUGCAAAUGAGAACAGUAGCAGUACUCUGUGCCAAGCUCGCUGGCAGUUUAAAGACAUGAAGGGCUGCUGGGCAGACUUUAUUAAAGGCGAAGGGCGUGGAGAAUGUACCGUCUCUAGUCAAGACAUUGAAAUGCAGUACCAGCAGAACAGAGCAGGAGUUAUAAGUUACAGCACAGGGCAGUUCAACUACCACCUCAACUUCUCAGAAAUGAUCCAAACAAACUUGUCCACUGGUACGAGGAGGCCGGUCCGUCGUGUCUAGCGUUUCUCAGGAUGUUUAUUAAUUUAAAAAAAAAAAAACUUUAGUAAUCAUCUGUUCCAUCCCAACUGUUGUUCUGUAUAUCUGAAGUCCUGGCAAUUUUACUGCCUGAAAAAAAACCUCAUCAGUUUAUAACCAAGUUUAAAUGAUUUGCUAGAGUAGGAAAAUGAUCAAGCUGUGCAUUAAAUAGGACCAGAACUGUGCAUUUCUGAACUAAAGAUAGAAGAUGGGUAUCCCUGUGCGGGUGUAGGACUGUGUUUUCGUUUAAUUUAUUGGUGAUUUAGUCUUCCCAGACAUCCAGUCCCCUAUUACCACUAAGUAGACUUCCUUUCUUACUUCCUUUCUUUUCUUUAUCCCGUGGUUGCAGGUAAGAGGGUAAUUUGUGUACGUUUAUUUGGCAGUGGUUAUUAGCCAAGAUCACUGCCA